GCUGCGUCGGCUGAAUCGGUGGCUACCUUGGAUGCGCCCACGAGGAUCUGGGGUGACUGGAAGGAUGAGGAUGAGGAUGAGGAUGCUGAGUACAAGGACUCCGGGGACGAUGCACUGCACCAUCCUGCAGGGGAAUGGGGUGACGAUGAUGGCCAAGCCGAGUCUUGGGUCGCAGACGCUGGCCCAGAGAAUCCAUGGUCUACCGGUGAUCAGGAUGACACGUGGGGCGAGGCUUCGGCAGAUUCAGAUCCCAAGAAUCCGUGGCCUGCUGAUGAAGGCUGGGAUAACACGUGGGUCGAGGCGUCUGCAGAUUCAGAUCCCCAGAAUCCGUGGCCUGCUGCCAGACAGCAGUGA